GUCAUACCUCGCACCUCACCGAGUGGCCUCUGUAGUUCCAGAGCUCGCGAGGGCCAGGGCCGUUGGCGGCGGUUGGAACGAAACGAUGAGUGCCUCCUCGUGGCCCCAGAAUGGAAUGCCGCCGUCGUCCCUGUACGAGCGGUUAAGUCAGAGGAUGCUGGACAUCUCGGGGGACCGGGGCGUGCUGAAGGACGUCAUCCGAGAAGGAGCUGGAGACCUAGUGGCACCUGAUGCUUCGGUGCUAGUGAAAUACUCGGGAUACCUGGAACACAUGGACAGACCCUUCGAUUCUAAUUACUUUAGGAAAACUCCUCGGCUAAUGAAACUUGGAGAGGAUAUUACACUGUGGGGCAUGGAGCUGGGCCUUCUGAGCAUGCGGAGAGGAGAGCUGGCCAGGUUUCUGUUCAAACCGAACUACGCCUAUGGAACGCUGGGCUGCCCUCCCUUGAUCCCCCCAAACACCACUGUCCUGUUUGAGAUUGAGCUGCUUGACUUCCUAGACUCUGCUGAGUCAGACAAGUUUUGUGCUCUCUCAGCUGAGCAGCAAGACCAAUUUCCACUUCAGAAGGUCCUGAAAGUGGCAGCUACGGAACGGGAGUUUGGCAACUACCUUUUCCGCCAGAAUCGUUUCUGUGAUGCCAAAGUGAGGUAUAAAAGGGCCCUGUUGCUUCUGCGCCGGCGAUCAGCACCCCCUGAAGAGCAGCACCUGGUGGAGGCCGCCAAGCUUCCUGUUCUCCUGAACCUGUCCUCUACAUACCUGAAGCUAGACCGACCCACCAUAGCCCUGUGCUAUGGAGAGCAGGCUUUGAUCAUCGACCAAAAGAAUGCCAAGGCCCUCUUCAGGUGUGGACAGGCUUGUCUUCUCCUGACUGAGUAUCAAAAGGCCCGGGAUUUUCUAGUUCGAGCCCAGAAGGAGCAACCCUUCAAUCAUGACAUCAAUAAUGAGCUGAAGAAACUGGCUAGCUGUUACAGGGACUAUGUGGAUAAACAGAAAGAAAUGUGGCACCGCAUGUUCGCGCCCUGUGGCGAUGGUUCUACAGCAGGAGAAAGUUGAAGGUUCUUCACCUACCAACGAGGGGAGAGAGCUGUGGUUCUCCAUCGUUGGGGGAGUGGAAGGGAGCUCCCAGUGCAGCCGUGGCAGCCACCUUCCAGGAGCAGGGGCUGGAAUGUCCUGUGGCCGCAUCUCUCAUGGACGCGGCUGAAACGUGUUUUCACAGGUGCUGUUUUCUGUUUUCCGUGUUCGUAACAGAAGGGAGGGGAAAGCGCAGCUACUGACAAGUAGAACACUGCUACUUUUUUAAAGGCAGUUUCUUGUUUCUUUAGACGGAAUUAGUCCUUGGCUUCCCUCCCAGUCCCAGCCCUGCUUCCGGCUGCGAAUGUCCCUAAGUCAACACCAAUAGAGAUUGCUUUGUGUAUUUUGUAGGGUUCUCUGUUUUGAAGACAGAAUUAUGUUACAAAUGUUUUUGUUGUAAAUAAAUAAAACACUUCCUUGUCCUUGCAA